UUUGCUUUUGUACUCAUUAUCAUUAAAGAAGUUGCACAUUUUGGAAAUAAAUCAACAUAAUUAAAAAAAGUGAGGCCUCUGAAGCGAAACGAAUGUAAAAACCUAUAGGAUUAAAGUUACAACCAUUAUUAUCGGCCAUCGGUCAUUAAAAUGCUAAGGACCUUCGUCAGGCUGACACCGGCUUUUAUUCCAAUUUUAAGGAAACAUAACGAGAAUGAUUACAAUUUACUGGAUCCAUCUACCGAGGUGCCCACCACUGGAGUUGACAGACUAAAGAAUAUGUUUUACAGGAAUGAAUAUGAUGAGGUGUCUCCUGAAUUGAGGACUGUAAUACAAUCAGGAUUAUGCGGAUGCUUUGUUGGUGCAUGUAUGGGAGGAUUUGUCAAAUCGAGAGACGCAUAUCUUUACUUUAUAGAAAACAACCAAGCUACCAUAUUUAAAUCUACUAUGGAGGCUAAGAAAAAACUGCAAGACCAUGUAACAUUAGCCUUUGCAAGAGGAGCUUACCAUUGGGGUUGGAGACUUGGAAUAUUUACUGGGACAUUUAGUUUGAUAGCAACAACAAUUUCAGUGUACAAGGACCAGACCUCGAUAACGGAGUAUAUCCUGGCCGGCUCCAUCACUGGAGCCAUGUAUAAGAUGAACUUAGGCAUGGCUGCCAUGCUGGUUGGUGCAGGACUAGGAGCCGUUUUGAGCGCAAUAGGAGGAGCGGCUAUACUGGGUAUCUUGCACAUAACAGGAGUUUCUAUGCAGGACAUCAGGCGCGCCUUGAAUAAAAUAAAUGAAGCGAGAGUGGAUCAAUACAACCAAGCAUUAGAAAAAGCGGCAGACGAAAAAAAUGACGCGCUCACGAGACACCACGACCAUAUAGUUGAAACGAAAGGAGUAAUUAAAUUAGACGAUAUCAAAUAAUACUGUAAAUUGUAUAUAAGGUGCUGGGCGGCAAUUUCGACUGCGGGGUAAUUUACAACUAAUCGGAAUAUCUUCCAGGUUUUUCAUUAAUAACUACAGUCACACAACAAAUUAUUUUCGUUAUAUGAACAUACAUGGCACUCUAGUUAAUAAUGUAAAACAUGGAUUAACCCUUCUUUGCAUGGUGAUGGAAAUUUCCAUCAUAACAUUGUCCUAUGAAAUAAAGGUGCUUUUGGAGGUGAUUGAUAUUUAUUUUAAGACUAUCAACUUUCAACACUAAUCCAUUUUCUAAUUUUUGACAUAAAUUUACGCAGUAUUUUAAUUUAUAAAAAUUAUAUUUGUUUAAAUACGAAAUGUCGGAAAACUUGGAAAAACCUGGAAGUUGAUGAUUUUUAGUAUGUGAUUUUGAGCAGAUUUUUCAGGCUUUGUAAUUAUUUUAUAUUUACAAACUUUAUCAUAGGAAUAUCACAAAUAGUGUACCUUUCUGAUGGCAGUAAAAAUUUUCCUAUAUCCCUUACUAAUAGUUAUACAUUUACAAAAAUAUGAUUUAGCCUAUGCAACUUCUAACACUAAUUGUGCAGUGAAAAUCGAUGAUAAUUUUUUUUUUACUAUUUUUCCCAGAAUCAGUAAACAAUUACGUGACACAUAUAUUCAUUUCGGGCAAAAAUCAUGCAAAGAAAGAAAUGUUUAAGUAGUUGAAACUACCCCGCAGUCGAAAUUGUUCCCUGUACCUUAAAUAAUAUAAUUAACUUAACUAUAGAGAUAGUCAAAGAGUAUAAUAAUAUAAUUAUGAUAGUUUUGUUUAAUAAAUUAUGUUUUUAUUA